UAGCAAUACACAUUUUGUACAAUCUACAUGCAAAGAAAAGUUAAAUAUGCAAAAUAUAUCUGACAGAACAGUUAGUGGGUUGUGUGCUGCAUGUUGAUGUUCUGAUUCCAUAACAUGAGUUCUGCAGGUGGAGACAGAGGUGUCAGCCGAGUCCUCGUGGAACGUAAAUAGGACAUUAUGCGCAUGCCUACGUCUUGUUUUUCACUUGAGCCCCAUCCCCCCGACGCUUUGUUGCUCGUUUCAGUUAAAUCCUCUUCUGUCCUAUCCGGACGAUUGUUCCCGCCCAGUGACAGCUACCGACCUGUGGUUGGCUACUUGCUGAGGGAGGAGGGGCUCAGCGGCGCUGGCAGGCUGUAUGUUCGCGCCGACGUCAGUUUCGGUACAGAGGACGAUGGUGGACGGACAUGUUAACCCACGGACAAUUUUUUAAGCGACCAACUGUGCAAAUAUUGUUCGUAUCGUAAAUACAUAAACGCGGAUAACCUCCAUCAGUAACGGAUCGCUUUCAUAUUCAGACAUUGGAGUUGAAUAUACCGGAAAUUAAAGAAUCGCAGAGGUCCUUUCUCUGCUUCCUGUCGUCCUUUGUUUUGUUCUACGUGAAUCAGACGACCCGCAGCGCCCCCUGGUGGUGGACACAGGUACGACCGGACUACACCAUAGGGAGCCCCGCCGGUGACCGAGCUGGUCGCCCCCCCGCAGCCCUGGUGGGUCCCGUUCACCCCGCCGUCCGAUGCGGAGCGAGGAUGGGUCCUGCUCACGAGGCGCUGCUUAAGGCAGAAGUGAAGGGGGUGAUGCUGGAGCCCUUCGUGCACCAGGUUGCCGGACACUCUUGCAUCAUGCGCUUCGGGGAGCAGGCCAUCUGCAAGCCGCUCAUCCCCCGGGAGCACCAGUUCUACAAGAGCCUGCCUCCGGAGAUCAGGAAGUUCACUCCUCAGUAUAAAGGCGUGGUGUCGGUGCGGUUCGAGGAGACGGAGGAGGGUAAGCUGUGUCUGAUGGCGUACCCCUCCCCGGGGGACCCCUCCCCGCCGGCCCCCCGGGAGGAGCGGCUCUCUGCGGAGCCCAAGGCCCUGAAGAGGAGCGGGGAGCCGCCGCCGCUGGGGGAGACGGAGAGCUACAGCAAGGAGCAGAGAGCGCGGGCGCUGCGCAAGGACGACGCGCUCGUGAGGGAGGAGGUCCAGCAGGCCGAGGUCCUCUUCCUCAGCCAGGAGAAGACCAAGCACAACCCCUGGAGACUCAAGUGUCACCAGCAGCUGCUGCAGAAGCUGAGGGACACGGCCAAGCUCCGCAACCAGCACAAAUUCAUCCUGCUGGAGAACCUGACGUGGCGCUACUCGGUACCGUGCGUGCUGGACCUGAAGAUGGGCACGCGGCAGCACGGCGACGACGCCUCCGAGGAGAAGAAGGCCAACCACACCAGGAAGUGCCAGCAGAGCACAUCGGCCUCCAUAGGGGUCCGCCUCUGUGGCAUGCAGGUGUACCACCCGGACUCGGGCCAGCUCAUCUUCAUGAACAAGUACCACGGCCGCAAGCUGACGCUGGCGGGCUUCAAGCAGGCGCUGUACCAGUUCUUCCACAACGGGCGGCGGCUGCGCCAGGAGCUGCUCUCCCCGGUGCUGCGCCGGCUGCGGGACAUGCAGGCCACGCUGGAGGCCUGCGAGUCCUACCGCUUCUUCUCCAGCUCGCUGCUCAUCAACUACGACGGCGACCCCCAGCGGGGUCACACCCGGCCCCGGCCCCGCGGCGGUGAGGAGGGCGAGGACGACGAGCCCUCCGACGAGGAGGAGUACGACGGGGAGGACGAGGCCUUCGGGUUCCCCCCGUCUCCCUCGGCAGGCGGCGCCGGGGCGAAGGGUGGUGCCGGGCGCUCGGCCCGCGGCCCCCCGGAGGCGGGGGGGUCCCCGGUGGACGUGCACAUGAUCGACUUUGCGCACACCACGUGCCGGCACUACGGCGAGGACAGCGUGCUGCACGAGGGCGGCGACAAGGGCUUCAUCUUCGGCCUGCAGAACCUCAUCACCCUCAUCUCCCGGCUGCAGGAGCACGGCGCCGACUAGACCGCCGGCCGCAGAGUCUGUUCUGCUCGGAGAUUCAAUGACUCCUCUCUUGAGUGGUGCUGAGAGGCACCCGGGGAAGAGCUAGACCCCCUCCUCCACAGGGGGAGGGGAACCCCGCCCGUGGGGUCCGGUCUGGGGCAGUGCGGGGGUCUUCUCGUGGUUCCCACUGCGGAGCCACCCUUGUCGCCCUCCUCGCCACCAGCGGGAGUACGACGCGUGGCGAUGACUCCCUCCCCCAGGCCUCGGAGGAAGCCGCUCCUCUUAGUGGUCAGAGGAAGGACCACCCCGGGGGGGCGACCCCUGCUGACGGAGGGGUGUUGCUCCGUAGCGACCUCGUACGUCUCCGUCACACCGCUCCUUCUGUUACCAACUCGUUUAUUUACUUUAUUACUUUAUCCUCGUGAAGGACGAGAGGGAAACAUCGUGUGGCAAUUUUGUAGCUCUUCUUUGAGCCUCUGUCGGUGCUUCCUGUGGAGAGACUGAGACUUGUCAGACUGCCGUCGGUGUAAAGCACAGCUCACAUUAGUGAGGGCCUGAACUACACUCGGACCCGAGCCGCUGGCCCCGGCUCACUGGCUCCCGGGCCGCGACCCCGUAGUACCGAGGACGUUAUCACCGUGUCCUCAACCCGAGACCGCUGGGUCGCUAGCUCGUUGGAAGCUGAAUCCGCUACAUUGAAUAUUUGUCAGUUUGUUAUUUUGCCGUUUGUCGGAAGGACAUUUCUUGUUGUCGUAGAUGAUGGAAUGUAGCGUUUUUGUAAUGUCCAACAUUUCACUCCCCUCUACUUUAUUGCCUGUAUUUUCAAAGGGCAUUUUAAGCAAAUCCUGUUCUUGCUUUGUGGAUUAAUUACGGUAGUUGAUUUCUCUCUGAUGUACUUCUCUUCAUUCCUUAAAUGGGCAAUAAGGAAGACAGUGCAUGUAUCAGAACCAUAUAUAAGGACUAUGUAGAGACUUAUUUAUUGGUGCUAUUUGUAAACAAAAAGACGUAUAGCUAGAAAUGAAAAAUACUACAUUCCAGAAAACUGUUCUGAGAUUCUGUUCUGAUUGGGAUUUGACUUUACUUAGUGUUUUUGUGCGAUUGCAGGCACCUCUUGUAAACUUGUGUCUACAGUGUCUGGAAAAUAAACUUUUUUUGUGAUAAAGACUUU